UCAAUCUAUUGAACUAUAUUGAAGAACAGAGAUAGAGAGAGAGUGAGAAAGAGAGAGAGAAUGGGUGAAAUAGGGUUUUUGGGUUUGGGGGUAAUGGGGAAGGCCAUAGCCAUGAACUUACUUGGAAGGGGUUUCAAACUUGUUGUUUGGAAUAGAACUCUGUCUCGGGCUGAGGAAUUGGUUGAGCAUGGAGCAACUGUAGCCAAAACUCCUGCAGAAGUAAUUAAGAAAUGCAAGUUUACGAUGGCGAUGUUGUCUGAUCCUGCAGCAUCUCUGUCGGUGGUAUUCGAUCAAGGUGGUGUUCUAGAACAAAUUUGUAGUGGCAAAGGCUAUAUGGACAUGUCAACUCUCGAUGCCAACACUACGAUAAAGAUCAGCGAGGCGAUCGCAGCAAAGGGUGGUGCUUUCCUCGAAGGCCCUGUUUCGGGCACAAGAAAGCAUUCGGAGAGCGGCCAACUAAUAAUUAUUGCAGCUGGAGACAAGUCGCUGUAUGAAGAAGUGUUACCCAUUAUUGAUUUAAUGUCAAAGAAAUCAUUCUUCCUUGGGAAAGUCGGAAAUGGCGCCAAAAUGAAGCUUUCUCUUCAAGUGAUAAUGGGAAGUAUGUUCAACUCGCUCGCUGAAGGGCUUGUCUUGGCCGAGAAAAGUGGACUCGACCCACAAACAUUUCUUGACAUAUUGGAUAUCGGUGCACUUGGAAAUCCAUUGUUUCGACGAAAGGGACCUCCCAUGAUCCAAGGUGAUUAUUCCCCUGUCUUUUCUAUGAAUCUCCAGCAAAAGGACAUGAGAUUGGCUCUUAGUCUUGCGGAUGAACUUUUGGUGCCUGUGCCCGUGGCUGCGGCGUCUAAUGAGGUUUUAGAGAAAGGGAUAAGCAUGGGGCUAGGCGAUCUUGAUACUUGUGCUGUGCACUUGGUUGCCAAGGCUGGGAAAGGUUCUUUCUGAUUCAUAUGCUGCUAGCUGCUACUGUUUAUUCUACUUCAAGAUUUCGAAAAUUUUAAUUUGUGCUAUUUUCGACAUUAAUUUACGCUAUUGUAAUGGACUUAUGUUUGUUGUUUUUGUUAUUGCACUUCCUAUUAAUAAGUUUUUUUGGUA